AUGGCCUCCACCGAGCCUCAAGUCAAGGUCCGCCUCCAAUCCAACGAUAAUGCCGUCAUCGAGGUUGAUAAGGCCGUUGCCGAGCGCUCUCUCCUGAUCAAGAACAUGUUGGAGGAUCUCGGUGAGACCGCCGUCUCCCAGAUCAUCCCCAUCCCCAACGUCACCGAGCCCGUCCUCCGCAAGGUCAUCGAGUGGUGCGAGCACCACCGUCAAGACCCCGCUCCUACCAACGAGGAUGACAACGACAACCGCAAGAAGACCACUGAGAUCGAUGAGUGGGAUCAGAAGUUCAUGCAGGUCGACCAAGAGAUGCUAUUUGAGAUCAUCCUCGCCAGCAACUACCUCGACAUCAAGCCUCUUCUCGACGUCGGCUGCAAGACUGUUGCCAACAUGAUCAAGGGCAAGUCUCCUGAGGAGAUUCGCAAGACAUUCAACAUCACCAACGAUUUCACACCUGAGGAGGAGGAGCAGAUUCGCCGUGAGAACGAGUGGGCCGAGGAUCGCUAA